ACGACAAAAAUAAAACAAAAUCACAGCCACACCACACCUACUUCCUCCCCAUUGAGUGUCGAAGAGUUUACCGACGAUACCAUAUCCACAUACACAGACACACACAUACCGUGACAAACAAAACAGCAAUCAGUCAGUCAUAUUAAAAAAAAUAUGGACGAAUUUAAUAGAGCAAAACUAGAAGAAAUUGUGGCUAAAAUCUAUGUUAUCGGCUCCGAAAUUGUUGAUGAUUAUCAGCAAAAAAUACCACCAAUAUUGGACGAGGAAUUAGUGUAUAUUAUAGACGAUGACCAGGAUGCAAAAGCUACUGCACACCCGUACGUCAAUAUGGCCUUAGGCCAGGCGGGUGAAGAGCAAAUGUUGGUGAUUGCUGGCGAAGGAUUUCCGUCAAAUACGGCAAAAUAUACGAUUGACACGAAGUUAGACGUUGGCAUCAAUUUUGGCAAUCACUUUCGUUUUACCAAUCGGUUAGCCACUUUUGUCGAUAAUGAUAAUCGGCAUCGUUUCUGGUCACCUACUUUUCGGCGACGAAUGGUUUUGACCACCUAUGCCGGAUAUGGCAAAGCGGGAGAAUACGGUCUUAUGUUUUCACAAAUAGACACUACACAACCAUUGAGUAGACCGAGCGGACCGCAGGCCGAACUGAUCAGACACGGAGAUCAACGGAGACUGUUUGUCAUCGAUGCCCGAACAGCGCAACGUUUGUACUGGCAGUGCACCAAUUGGUUCUAUGAUUGGUCGCUAACCUACCAGUUAGUUAGGGCCGCACACGGAGUCCUAAGUAUGACCACUGCAUUGAAUAUAUUUUACUAUAUGAAUGAUGUCCAACAACAAUACAUUGAUGAAUUGAGAGACCAGAUCUAUAUAUACGGUGAACUAGUUUCACAACGAUUGGAAAAAGCAAUGUACGUCGAAAAGAUCUACAAAGUAGCCAUUGUUCGUCAAUACAGUAUGCCAACCCUUGCUGCACACUUAGUACAAAAACAACCACUAGUAUUAGAUCCACCCGAUUAUGGUAUCUUAGUUGAACCGUUCAAUAACAAUAUCAAUCAAGCCAUUCAUGAUUGGCAAUUACUGUACGAACUUAUUUCUAGCCACCAGUUAUAUCAUAGACCGUGGGCUAAAAUAUUUGGCCAAUCAGGAGACUUCCAUUGCAUUUAUGGACAUCCAUGCAAACGAUGGUGUGAUCACUCGUACAGUUCGACUAUCAGAUAACCACAACUUUGACAUCAGUA